AUGGAAGAAACAGGAGCAGCACAGGGCAUGACUAGAACUGGUAGAGUUUAUACACUCGAACAUUUGGGAGGAACAAGCAAGAAAGCUGCAUCUAAGACACCUAUCAUUGAAAAUGGCCCUGACGACCUUUGGAGAAAAGUGCAAGAAGUGAUCAUCCAUGGAGACGAGAGUAAUCCCAUCUAUACCAAUCAGACUGUUCCAGUAAUCGAGAACAUGAUGAAUCUGGGGUAUGAGCCUGGCAAGGGUCUCGGCAAGAAUCUCCAAGGGAUCACCAAACCGGUACAGUUAAAGCGUCAUGGCACAACUUUUGGGCUUGGGUAUGAAUACACUGACAAGAGUACCAGGAUUGGUCGCCACCAUGGCAUG